UCACACUCAAAACAUCUGGUUCCCUCGCCUACCCUUUCUGUUUUUAAACAAUAUUUUCUUAUAUACGGCAUUCAUACCAGUUUCAUUAUCGAGCCAUUGCCAAGGAAUCCCUAUUGUAGCUAAAUAGUGCGUUAUGGAGGGCACAGGAGUCUCCAGGAAAGAGAAAAGUGCUGUUCAAAACCUUGUCAAGAAAUUGCCGGGAAAGUUUGGAGUUCGAAGGUGGUGACUUGAGUUGUUGAGAGUGUUGCUUUGUGUGGCUGGCGGAGACGUCGCUCUCGCUCUCAUUAAACCCUUCCUCUGGCUCGGGAUGCUCUUAGGAAACAACCUGAAGGAGGCCCAGGAGGCAGAGGCUGCGGUGUGAGCUGGUGGCUGCCGUAGAGGGCGCUAAAACGCGGGAAAUCUGAAAGCAAACAGCUGAUCGUCUUGGACUUGUGUGUUUGUGGGAAAAGAUCGUGGUUGAUGCCACCAGUGUGGGAGACAAGCACUACCACCACCACCAGCAUCUCUGGCCGAGCACCACCACCACUAGAGCACCACCACCAUCAUGCCGCUCCUCUACAAGAAAGCCUUCGUGAAGAAUGAGCCGCCCCUCAGCCUUCAGCCCACAGAUAAAGUCUUCUUCUGUGAUAUCACCAAUGAGGUCUUUACCGAUUAUAAUGAAUAUUGGGAGCGGUUAGUACUGUGUAAUGCCAUGGUGUGGACGUGUGAGCUGACCAGCCGUCCCAACCUCACCUAUGCUGAAGCCACUGAAAGUGAAGGAAGAGCCAGAAAGUGCCUUGCUAAUGUUCCUCAGCUAAUUCGGAAGCCCAUAUUGUACAUAGCUACCUUGACUCGCCGUGGGCGCUACAUAGACAUGAGUGAAGAUGUUUUCAACUUCGUCCGUGACCGGUAUUUUGUCGGGGAGGAGGUCGAGGCCAUAGUUAAGAAGCACUGGUAUGAUUGCAAGGUAACUCGUAUAAUCCACCCUUCGCCUGAAGAAGUGGCCAAGUAUGAAGAAGAAACUGCUGAUUCUGAUGAAGAUUCCGAAAGCUCGGAGAAAAAUGGUGAGCCCAAGCAGAAUCAAGAUAACCACGAGAGCAAAAUGAAUGGAGAGAAUGAAAGUAUGGAAGUGGAUGAUGAUGAUGAUAUCCAAAUCAUCAAGGAGGUCUCCCCAAAGAGGAAGGAAGCAAAGAAGGCAGAUAGUGACAAUAAUUAUCCUCCAUUUGCUACUUUCAAGUAUGAAGUAAUUGAAAAGGAACCAUGGGACUACAAGGAAGUAAAGAAACAUAUCGUUACAUGGGAGCAGAUACGGCGUAUGAAGAGUACUUUCACCCGAGAAAAGUGUAAGCUGUUCCUCAAACAGUGUGUGCAGCUUUCUCCAUCUGGGUUUUGGGUUAUUAAGGACAAGAUUGCAAGGAGAUAUGACCUGGCCAACGUUCAAUAUUCAGACAUAUUCCUUGGGAAACCUCCCAAGUUCCAAGAAACACGGUGCAAGAAAAUGCCCGUCAACUUGAAUCCUGAAAAAGAGGUAAAGAAGCUGGCUGCUGAGAAAAGGCGGCGAGAAAGGAAGGAAGCUCGCGAGAAGAAUCCAGACUUGGACAUAAAGAAGCGAGGUCGGCCGUCAAUGACAGACGAGAAGGAGGCACGCAAAAAAAUGAUUAAGGAAGGAAAGACUGUGCUGACGCUAGAACAGAAAGAGAAACUUAAAGAGGAAUUUAAGCUGAAGCUGGUAAAAGAGAAAGAAGAAAAAAAGAAACAGAGAGAGAUUGUGAAGGAGCAGAAGCGUCUUUGUGUACAGUACAUGAAGGAGUGGAAGCGUGUGCGGGAUGAUUUGGACUGUGAUGACCACAAGGACUUGCCAAAGCCUGCCCCUGUCCAAUGUCGCAUUCCAGAUGAAAUGUUCGGCAGCUUUGUGAUGGUUUUGGAGUUCAUCAAUGUUUUCUCUGAGCUGGUGGAGCUUAAGGAUGUAUACCCACAAGGCAUCACCUUUGAUGUGCUGGAACAUGCAUUAGUUGAAAAGCAAGUGGCAGGUGUGUUCAAUGAUCUGAUGCAGCUCCUGCUGCAGACCAUUUUCAUGCUGCAGGAGGAGGAAGAUGACGAGGUGGAGGCUGAUAACACUGCAGAAGAAGUAAUGGAAGUGGAUACGAGUGACAUCUCUAUUCAGGAGGCAGUGCGGGUAGCCAACAGAGCGUCCACCUGGAGCCAACAGUAUCAUGGACUGCCACUUCAAAAGAUGCCACUGGAUGCCCUAACGGUCACGGAGAUUUUGCGUUUGCAUCUUCUGGCAUCAGGGGCCACCAGUGUUGCCAAUGGACGGUGGAGGCACUUCAAUCGUGGAGGCUUCAAGAACUGGGAUGAUCCAGGACUGCAGUUCAAGCUAGAGGAGCCAAUCAUCAUAAAGUCCCUGGCCACCCAGACCAUAUAUGACCUUUCCCUUGCCCAUAAGUUGAAAAUUUUGAAUGUGCUGGUGGGGCAGAUCCUGACUUAUGCAUCAGUUCGAGACACCAUCGAUGACAGCAUAGAGAAGCUGAGGGAGAUGAAGAACAAGCUGCGCCUGCAUCAGUUUACCCAGAUCAGGAAGGAGAAAGAGCUAAAUGCUGCCAGGCUGCAGGAGAAGCGUGAACGUAAGCAGAAGGAGCGCGAGCGUCUUGUUAAAGAGGCUGAAAAGAAAGCUGCAGCAGCUGCCAUGACAGGAGAAGCUGACAAACCUAUUGAACUGGAUGAGGAUGAAGAGGAGGAGGAGGAGGAGGAAGAGGACGAGAUUGAGAAGGCUGCUCGUGAGGAGAAGGAGGAGAAAAACAAGGCGGCUAGAAAACAAGACUUCUUAAAACGGGAGAGAGAGCUAAUGCAGCAGGUACUUAAUAUGGCUCAGGGCAUCAACUGGAUACCUCUAGGCCAGGACAGAGCGUAUCGUCGAUAUUGGUUGUUCAGCUCCCUUCCUGGGUUGUUCGUGGAAGACUAUGAGCUAUACCCAGGAGUGUGUCGACUGACUCCAACGCCCUAUAAUCCCCAGUCCAACCCCGAGCUGACAGAGGGUCUUGAAGAGCUCUUCAAGAUUCAAGCAGAGAAGAACUUGACAGAAAUAAUGACUGAAAAGGAGGACAAGAAUAAUAGUGACAAAGAAAAUGAAGCAAGCGAGAGCCCUGCCAAACAGGCUAAAUGCACUCCCAGUAAAACAUUGCUACAGACACCCAAUCACAUUCGACCCUCCAAUCUGGUUAAGAAUGAGAAAUCUCCGGCGAUAUUAUCUUCGACCACCACUGGUGCAGAGUCUGAGUUAAAGAUGGAUGUAAAUAAGCCAGUAGUAGUGAAUGGGGAAGUAAAGUUUGAGCUGGCAAAGGUUAAAGAAGACCCGGUGAACAGUAGUGAACCUUUGCCAGACAUAUUUGGCUUGUGUACCGCCGACCCCAUAAACUGUCCAGUGCACUGUAACAGAACUAAUCGACACAAAUGGUUCUUUUUUCAUCAAAUAAGGGACUUGGAUUGUCUUAUUUUAUCUCUUAAUAACCGUGGUAGCCGAGAAAAAGAACUGAAGGACACUUUAGAAUGCUAUAGGACUACCAUUGAAACUUCCAUGAAGUCCUGUCCAAUAUACAAACUUGACCCAUCUCUGGAGCCAGAGAUUGACCAAGCCACCCGAAAAUCUCAAAGAAAUGCAAUAAGCAGGAAAGAUGAAGAUGCCAACUUAAACUUUCCACCAGGGACACCUAUGGAUGAAAUCUUGCAGUGCACACUUCGCGACAUGAUCCUCGAGACGGAGGAGAAAAUACACCUGGGGAUGCUGGGUUCUCUUCGACUGGAGGAUCGUGAUGCCUGGAGACAAACCAUUACUGACGGCAUUUACCACCUGGGGUCUGAACUAGACUUUGGUGGUCGCAAGCGUAUUUCUCAGUUUAAGGCAGAACUUGGCUUGGAAGUAAAUGAAGAGCAAGAUGUUGAGGAUCUUCUAGUUGAGGCAACUGAGGCUGCACUUGUGAGGAACCUGGCUCAAGCCAUUCUGCAACUUGGACAGUCCAUAGACACCAAGUACUUAAGGUCACCUCUAGGGGAGACAGAUAAAGCUCGGAAGGCGCGUGAGCAAGCAGAAGAAAAGUUGAGGCGUAAGAGUAGAAAGCGUGCGAAGGAUGAGGAUGGAGGAGCAGCGUCCGAUAAAGAUUCUGACGAGGAGGAAGAUGGCAGUAGAGUGUCAGACGUGGUGACGGACAAUGCUCUCAGAACUCCAAUCGAAAGAUGGGAGAAAUCCCUGAUGGCCAGCACGAGCCUCUCUCAGUUGUGUUUGCAUUUUGCCACACUAGAGAACUCGAUAACGUGGUCUCGCUCGGCUCUCAACGCUCGGUGUCGUAUCUGUAAACGUAAGGCUGAUGCAGAAAACAUGCUGCUGUGUGAUGGCUGUGAUAGAGGACAUCAUAUCUAUUGUUUAAAACCAAAAUUAAAGGAGAUACCUUCGGGCGACUGGUUCUGUGAUCGCUGUAAACCAAAGGAGAAACCAAAGAGUCCACGAAAAAAUCGCCAGAUUUACAAGGAUGUGUCGGAUGACGAGGUCGAGAUGGGAGACGAUUCUGAUGAAGACGACGAGAGUGAUAGGGAGAAUCAGAACCUGUGCUUUGCCUGUGAGAAGCCUGGCACACUCAUCUGCUGCGACACCUGUCCCCUGGCCUUUCACCAGUCGUGUGCCGACCUGCGGAAAAUUCCCCGCGGCAACUGGUCAUGUCACCAUUGUAAUGGCAAAUCAUCUGCCAAAGGGAAGGAUAGUCCUCCAGAGAAGAAGAAGAAUAGCAAGGAGAGCAGCAAGACUAAUAAAGACACAAAUAAGGAGAACAAAGGAAAAAAGGAGGCUAAGAAUAUUAAGAAAGGAAAGGAGACAAAGAAUGCCAAGAAUACGAAGGAGACAAAGAACGCCAAGAAUACAAAGGAGGCAAAGAAUACUAAGAAGACCCCGAAGAGUGCCGAAAAGAAUACCAAGGCCACUAAAAGUAAAAAAAGUGCGACUCCGUCUGGGGUCAAGAGACGAAGUGAGGGGAAUUCCCCUCACAUCUCCAAGAAGCUCAAAUUGGAUGAUUUUGAAACUGAGUGGACCCCACCAAAGCGAGGCUCUGGUCGACGUUCAUUGGUCAGUGAAGACAGUGAGCUCAACUGUUCUGCUCUGGAAACCAUACUAGAUGAACUUCAGAAGCAUCCUGCAAGUUGGCCUUUCAUUAGGCCAGUGUCCAAGAAACUUGCUCCCGAUUAUUACGAAGUUGUGAAGAAGCCAAUGAACAUCCGAAGAAUACGAGAGAAACUGACCAGCAUGAAAUAUGCCACGGAUGAGGAGUUCAUUGCCGACGUCAUGCUGGUGUUCCAGAACUGUCAGCAGUACAACAUGGAGCACACUGAGGAGUACAAGAGCGGUGUGCUGCUUUCCAACCUCUUUAUAAAGCGGGUUGAAGAAUUAGGCCUUAUCUAUCACGGAGAUCUCAGAAAAGAAGCCAGGAAGAAAAGACGUUAACAUAGGUCCCCAACUAGAUCAUCCUGUAAGGUUAACCUGUAUUUGUUUUAACCCACUCAGCUUUUUGUAAUGAUUUUAAGCACUGCCCAGAAGGCCCCCUAAAAUAUAAGUUAACAUUUUCUCCAGUGAAAUUUGAUGGAGAAUCGUGACCAAAAAGAAAGCAACCCGAUAUUAACGAGUUGAAGAGUACAUGGAGAGUUCGAGAGAGAAUGGGAGCAGCUGCAUGCUUUGAGUACAUUGGGUGAACACACUUAUGGAUGAAGGUGAUGGUUUGUAUCUAAUGAUGACAACACUGCAAGUCUACUACAUCAUUAUCUUGAACUUUUUAAUGUUUUUUUUUAUGUUUCCUAGACAUGACUAGUUACAAAAAAGUGAAGCACUCAUUUUUUCUAUCCUGUUGUCUUGUUUUGUUCUUUUUCUCCUUUUACUCCUCUUUCUUCUCCACUCUUCCGUCUUGCCUCCAGUCCCGUCCUGCCUCCGCACUGCUGUACACCAUAAUACAGGUUUAUACCAUAUUGAUUUGGUUUAAAUUACAUGUAUAAUGUAUAUGAUACAAGUUCCAAUGCUUUUUUAAUUGUCGAGAUGAGGAAAGUCAAAAUCGUAAAUAAAAUUAUCAAUUCUUUAAUUGUAGAUUUAAAAGUUUGUUGGAAAGCCAGCAUUGAAAACAAAUAUUGAAAGAAAUUUAUUUUGCUUGCGCAAAUGUUAUAAAUGUUUAUAGUUCUGAAAGUAAACAAUUACUUGAUGAAACUGCUAUUCUCAAGAAGCACUCUUCACUAAGGUCUCCUUCCUAGUUAUGUUAUUUUUAAUAGGGAAAGUACGUGAGGCAAGAAUCUGCCUGGUACUGUAUGUGUGCGUGUACAGUGUGUCCCACGGCGGGUACUGUAUGUGUGCGUGUACAGUGUGACCCACGGCGGGUACUGUAUGUGUGCGUGUACAGUGUGACCCACGGCGGGUACUGUAUAUGUGCGUGUACAGUGUGACCCACGGCGGGUACUGUAUGUGUGCGUGUACAAUGUGACCCACGGCGGGUACUGUAUGUGUGCGUGUACAGUGUGACCCACGGCGGGUACUGUAUGUGUGCGUGUACAGUGUGACCCACGGCGGGUACUGUAUGUGUGCGUGUACAGUGUGACCCACGGCGGGUACUGUAUGUGUGCGUGUACAGUGUGACCCACGGCGGGUACUGUAUGUGUGCGUGUACAGUGUGACCCAUGGCGGGUACUGUAUGUGUGCGUGUACAGUGUGACCCAUGGCGGGUACUGUAUGUGUGCGUGUACAGUGUGACCCAUGGCGGGUACUGUAUGUGUGCGUGUACAGUGUGACCCAUGGCGGGUACUGUAUAUGUGCGUGUACAGUGUGACCCACGGCGGGUACUGUAUAUGUGCGUGUACAGUGUGACCCACGGCAGGUACUGUAUAUGUGCGUGUACAGUGUGACCCACAGAUGGUUCUUGUAUUCCGCAUACUAACUUGUUUUAAUAAUUUACACAUUUCCUUGUUGAAGGAGGCAAAACAUAGAACAGUAUGUUUGAGGACUGCAAACUAUGUCAUUUUUAUUACUUGCAUCUUGUCAAAGAAUUAAUUUGACAUGAGACCGUGAGAAACUCAGGGAUGGUGGAUAUAAAUUGAGUUGUUAUUCAGUAACAACUGUGCCGCCAGACCAUCCAUAAGUAAACAAAUGGUUUAAUAAGCUAAAGUGUCAAAAAACUAAAUACAUUAAAUGCAAAGACAUGUGUAUUUCAUUCUGAAAUUCUCAUACUUAAAAGACCCAGGUAGCCUGGUCGAGCCCAAGUUAUUUACAAAGAAGCUGUUGCAUUUAUGAUCACUGCCAGAGACCCCUUUUUUUUUUGUCUUCGCCUGGUCCACUAUUUUUCUCCAACUGAGGACAUAGUUGUAGUUAAUAACAUGUCACAGCUCUCAUGUGAAAAAUUCCCCACCAGCUGGCGUGCGUGUCAACCAGCUGACUUCACCCACCAGCUGGGAGUGUGUCCACCAGCUGGGCCACAUCCACCAGCUGGGAGUGUGUCAACCAGCUGGGCCACAUCCACCAGCUGGGAGUGUGUCAACAAGCUGGGCCACACCCACCAGCUGGGAGUGUCAACAAGCUGGGCCACACCCACCAGCUGGGAGUGUGUCAACAAGCUGGGCCACACCCACCAGCUGGGAGUGUGUCAACAAGCUGGGCCACACCCACCAGCUGGGCCACACCCACCAGCUGGGCCACAUCCACCAGCUGGGAGUGUCAACCAGCUGGGCACAUGAGCUGUGACAGCCAAGCUCUGGGCAUUUCCAUUAGUACAGUAUAAUUACCUAAUAUUUUUGUAGAUGUUUAUUUGUAUUUAGCGGUGAACUAGUGACCACAUGAAGUUUGCAAUUCUGAAUUGAAUUAGCAAUGCCAUCAUUCUACAGUAGGAUGAAUGAUUCUUAUUGUAAAGGAUUUUUUUUAAAUGUGUGUAUUUAUUUUUUAAGAAUCGGUGAAUAUUUUCCGAAUAAUAAUAGUUAUUGUAA